AAAAAAUACUGGGCCUUGUAGCCCACCGGAGGCAUCCAAUGGUCAAAAAGCAAAAACUCAAGUCCUCACUUCUCGCAUGGGGCGGCCUCAUCCUCGCAAUUCUCUCCGGUGAGAACUCAACUGUUAAUCUCUCUGCGCCGUGUCCUUCGAACGAGGAGAUCUCAGUCAAUCGAUCGGGUAAAUUAGCAGAUAUGGGAGGAGCUGAGGAUUUUUUAGGACGAAGGUCUGGAGCAUGUCGGGUGGUCCAUACUGCCGGCCCAAGCACUGGCGUCGCAACACCGCCAUUGCAAUGUUCGGUGUCUUCCUAAUUUGCUUCCCAAUCGCUAUGAAAUCUGCCGAGCUUGAGGUCUAAAAUUUUCACUUUUUAAUUCCUUAUUGUUGAUUGUUAGCAGUAUGUUUAUGCCUUAAUGAUUUUGAUAACUUGAGUUGGCUUGCCUUAUAUACAUGGAGCCUCUCUGCGAGCAAUACUUGUUGACAA